CAAAUAUUUACGCCAAAAUGGAAUCCCCUAAGCUCUCGCCCAAGGAGGCACCCAAAGAGGUGGAAGAGGCUUUCCACGCCGAGUACACGCACGACGACGUCUUUGGCGACAUCACCGAAGAGGGUCCCAACUACCGCAAUGUCGGGUUCGUAGGAACUGUCAUUUUAAUGAUGAAGACGCAGAUCGGCAUGGGCGUGCUCGCUAUUCCGUCUGCCCUUAAUGUACUGGGCAUGGUUCCGGGCAUCAUCUGCUUGAUUACCAUGGCCUGCAUCACCACCUGGUCUGCCUAUAUCAUUGGCACUUUCAAGCUGAAUCAUCGUGAGGUGUACAGUAUUGAUGACGCGGGGGCUAUCAUGUUUGGUCUGCCAGGUCGGAUUGUUCUGUCUACUGGGUUCUGUCUCUACUUUAUAUUCAACAGUGGCUCCGCGAUUCUCAGUCUGUCUAUUGGUUUGAACGCGGUUUCUACACACGCCACAUGCACUGCUGUGUAUGUCGCUAUUGCGGCGAUAGUGGGCUUUGCCUUUUCCAGUGUGCGAACACUUGGGAAGAUUACCUGGCUUGCCUGGGUCGGUCUGCCAUGCAUUCUCGUUGCAAUCAUAAUGGUCACGAUUGCAGUCGGCGUACAGGACCGUCCUGACGCUGCCCCCAAGACCGACGAGCCCUGGGUCUCUGACUGGAAGGUUGCUGGCAAUCCUUCUUUUGCAGAGGCCAUUGCGGCAGUCUCGAACCUGCUAUACGCGUUCUCUGGAACACCUGGCUUCUUCUCCAUUGUGUCCGAGAUGCGCGACCCGAACCAGUACCCAGGAGCUAUGGCCAUCUGUCAAGCCGGCGUCACCGUCGUCUACAGCGUCAUCGGGUGUGUGGUGUACUACUACUGCGGUUCCUAUGUCUCGUCUCCAGCCCUCAGCUCCGCCGGUCCUCUCAUCAAAAUCAUCAGUUAUGCAUUCGCACUGCCAGGGCUUCUUGUUACAAUGACCAUUGUCUCCCAUAUCCCAGCCAAAUUCAUCUUCGUGCACAUCCUCCGCGGCUCUCGCCAUCUAAACUCCAACUCCCUCGUACACUGGGGCACCUGGCUCGGGUGUACAUUUGGCAUCAUCAUCAUCGCCUGGAUCAUCGCCAGUACAAUCCCCGUCUUCGACUCGCUGGUCUCGCUGAUCGGUGCACUUCUCGGACCCGUUAUGUGUCUGCAGCCCUUCGGAUGCAUGUGGCUCUACGAUAACUGGAGCAAAGGAAAGGAGAAGAAGACGGCGCGCUGGGGGUUUAUGGUGUUCUGGAGUGUGAUGAUUGUGGUUGUAGGGAGUUUCCUCAUGGUUGCGGGCACGUAUGGCUCAGUCAAGGGGAUUAUUGACGUGUAUAACGAGAGUGGAGGGUCGGCUGCUUUCUCGUGUGCGGAUAACUCUGGGUCUGUUUAGAUAUGUGUGUGGUAUGUCAAGUACGAUUACGAGCAUCGAUACGGCUAUUUAGAGCGAGUUAUAUACCAUUGUGCAAUAGAUAACUUAUAUUAUUAAUUGGUUCAAGGUGAAUACUCG